AUGGCUGUCUGCAACAGUCAUGAUGGCUGGGGAAGUAACGUAAAUUCAUAUUCAGAAAGUGGACGUGUGCGAAUACUGGUGUGGAUAUUCUCGUCCGCGGAACGAGUGUUCGCCAAGUCGUUAACCAUGAGUCAAAAUCAACAGAUCACAUAUGAAGUCGAUCUCCUACAGGAGUAUAGCAUUGACGACUACCUUGUGGCUGUUGACGUUACCGUCAGUGACGGAAACAACAGUGGCUUCCGGUUCGUGGCAGCUGGUAACAGCCAGACCGACGGGACUUAUGUUUUCAUGGUGAACUGCCUCAAUACACCAUCCUUCGAGAGUGCAUGGGUGCUGUUGACGGCUCAGGCUGGCACAGGUAGUCAGCUCACUAUUUCACAUACCCUCGGGGAGUACCCUGUGGAGGUGGACGUUCAGAUAAGGAUUACCGACAAUGGGGAAUAUUAUAUAUUUACUGGUUCUGGUUCGGCUCACCGUGAUGACGAUUCUAACACUGAUUACGGUGGAGUGGUUUAUAUUUACAACGACGUAGACAUACGAGUAUAUGCACCAGACGGAGAAGGCAUGUUCUUGGCUUACACAACUGGCUUAGUGGCAUAUACAGGAGGGUCUGGAAGGACAGGGUCAACUCUCAUUGGUGGAUCAUACAGCUCUGCUGAAAUCAAGGUUAGAGUCUGGAAACUGUGUGAUAUUGGUCCUCCAGCAUAUUCUAGCCAAUGGACAGCAAUAAGUAGCACAUUAGCUUACCACGAAAUAUCGCAUAACCUGAAUGUUUAUCCGGACCUGGUUACCGUGCAGAUAGCACUUGAUACCACUGAUUACUGGUCGGAUGCACAAGGAAGCGCCGGUAUAACGGAUACCACUUCACAUCUAAACUUUGGAGGGGUAUUAUUUGGUUACGACACAACUAGGAUACGAUUGUGGGCUUCAAGCGAAGGAUACGUUUUCAGUGCUUAUGAUGGAUGGGGGACGAAUGAUGAUUGGAGAUUUGCUUCGGGCCAAGUAAGGAUCAUCUGUUGGAUAUUCCCGCCAUCCGAGAUACUUUUUCAGCAUACAUUAUCGAUGGGUUUAGGACUGACGAGCACUUAUGAAAUACCAUUUUCUUCUGACCUGGAGACUGACGACAUUUUAGUUUCGACAGAGAUCACAGUCGCUGAUGGAAACAACCCUGGAUUCCGAUUCUAUGGAACAGGAAACAGUUUAACAGACGGAAGCUAUGUUCCUUUUGGAGGAGUUGUUUACGUAUACACUGAGUCACAGAUAUUGCUGUGGCGACCGUCCGACUCUUCUGGGGGUAAAAUGGUAUACCACGACGUCAUUUGGGCUUCCGGUCACAUGAAUCAGCUGUCAGAUACAGCACAAGUAACCAUACGAAUAAUGACGGCUAGUGGUAUUGUAACGGGUGCAUGCGGACACGGCAGCUGUGUUGCCAGUAUGGACCAUAUCAACGUAUCAUGCACGUGUGAUGUGAACUGGACUGGCAGUGACUGUAAAACAGAGGUUCCUACCACUACUGUCCCGCCUACAACGACUACUGUCCCGACAACAACGACUACUGCCCCGCCUACAACGACUACUGUCCCGCCUACAACGACUACUGUCCCGACAACAACGACUACUGUCCCGCCUACAACUACUACCGUUCCACCUACAACCUCUACCGUCCCGCCUACAACGACUACUGUCCCGCCUACAACUACUACCGUUCCACCUACAACCUCUACCGUCCCGCCUACAACGACUACUGCCCAGCCUACAACUACCACCGUCCCAUCUACAACUACAACAGCUCUCCCGCCUACAACCUCUACCGCCCCGCCUACAACGACUACUGUCCCGCUUACAACUACAACAGCUCUCCCGCCUACAACCUCUACCGCCCCGCCUACAACGACUACUGUCCCGCUUACAACUACAACAGCUCUCCCGCCUACAACCACAACACCUACAACGGCUUCACCUGUUACAAAUAGUGUUAUGUGUGGUACACCGUCAACAGUAGUCAACACCCAUCUCUUAUAUAGUGGCACAACUUCUGGGAGUACGGCUUUGUACUCGUGUAUCACAGGUUACACCUUGUCGUCAGGUGAUGCAAUACAUACCUGUACGGCGGGAGUAUGGGUAGGAAGUCUACCGGAUUGCAAAGCUUGUCCAAAUCCUUACACGCCCGUGAUUACAACACAGGAGGCAUUGAACAACAGGUUGGAUGAACUGAAGAAAAACACCGAAGUACCUGUUAAGAACACCACCUCUUACAAACGUAGUCUUGUAUGUGCAAACGACCCUAGACCAUCAUCACUUUACGUGGCUACAGUGGGUAUCAUUAUUCUUGGCUUCGUUUGUAUUUUCCCGCUCCUUGUAGAUGGAAUCAAUUUUUAUAGCCAUUUCUUUGAACACAAUGACAAUAAUGCUUGGCUUUUUGAUCAGGAUCAAAGAAGCGCCGAUGAAAGUCUUCAGGUGCCGCAAACACAAACCAAUAAUUUCGUUCGACACUCUUCACCCAUACGGCAUGUGUAUCAACCAUGUUCUGUACACCCAGUCACCUCAUGA